CCCGCGCCGCCCCCGGCCGCCCUGCACGAGGGCUGCUCGGAGGCCGACUUCGCCGCGCUGUCCGACUUCGAAGACGAUGCCGAGGAGGACGAUGAAGACCUGGAGGAGGAGGAGGACGAGGACGAGGAUGAAGACGACGAUGACGACGACGACGACGGGGCCAACGAUGGCCUCAGCGACGGCGCCGGCGUCCUCGGCGGCGACGCCCUGCCGUACCCCGGCUUCCUCCCCAUCGCCCUCAAGUACAUGGACCAGCGGACGCGGCCCCGGUCCUGGUGCCUGGCCAUGAUCACCAACCCGUGGUUCGAGCGCGUGUCCAUGCUGGUCAUCCUGCUGAACUGCAUCACCCUGGGGAUGUACCAGCCGUGCGUGGACGAGGAGUGCCAGGGCAACCGCUGCAAGAUCCUGCAGUUGUUUGACGACCUCAUCUUCGCCUUCUUCUCCGUCGAGAUGACCAUCAAGAUCGUGGCCAUGGGGGCGUACGGCAAGGGCGCGUACCUGGCUGACUCGUGGAACAGGCUGGACCUUUUCAUCGUGUUGGCUGGGGCGCUGGAGUACUGCCUGCAGGUGGAGAAUCUGAAUCUUACAGCAAUCAGAACGAUACGGGUGCUGCGACCUCUCCGCGCCAUCAACAGAAUACCAAGCAUGCGCAUCCUGGUGAUGCUGCUGCUGGACACGCUGCCCAUGCUGGGCAACGUGCUGCUGCUCUGCUUCUUCGUCUUCUUCAUCUUCGGCAUCGUGGGCGUGCAGCUGUGGCAGGGCAUCCUGCGGCAGCGCUGCUACCUGCGCACCGACACGGACAUCCGCUUCGAGGAUCUAGAGGAAGAGUUCACGAUUCGAUCGAGAGUGACCUUGCCGCUCGUGCAGUACUACCAGCUCAUGGACCAGGAGAAGGACUACAUCUGCAGCAAGCCCGAGGACCACGGCAUGCACCUGUGCUCCGACAUCCCGCCCUACAAGAUCGGCAACGUGACGUGCACCGCGCCCGCGCCGCAGCGCGCCGUGUACAGCCUGCUCAAGGACGAGGUGUCCGCCAACGAGACGUGCGUCAACUGGAACCUGUACUACACGGACUGCCAGGCCAACGGCAACAACCCCUUCCAGGGCACCAUCUCGUUCGACAACAUCGGCCUGGCCUGGGUCGCCAUCUUCCUGGUCAUCAGCUUGGAGGGCUGGUCGGACAUCAUGUACUACGUGCAAGACGCGCACUCCUUCUGGGACUGGAUCUACUUCGUGCUGCUUAUCGUGAUCGGCUCCUUCUUCAUGAUCAACCUGUGCCUGGUCGUCAUCGCCACGCAGUUCUCCGAGACCAAGAAGCGCGAGAUGGAGCGCAUGCGGCUGGAGCGCGCGCGCUUCCAGUCCACGUCCACGCUCACCUCGUCCACCAACAACUCGGAGCCCACGUCGUGCUACGCGGAGAUCGUCAAGUACGUGGCGCACCUCUGGCGGCGCGGCAAGCGGCGACUCGUCAAGAAGUACCGCGUCCUGAGGUACCAGUGGCAGCAGCGCAAGGCGGCGCAGCGGCCCUACCAGCCGCACAAGGGCUCCUGCUCGGACUGGGUGCGAAAGCCCCAUCACCAUCACCACCACCAUCAUCACCACCACCACCACACGUCGAAAAAUCUAGCCCACCACCACCACCACCAUCACCACCACCACAACAACUACGCAGUGCGGAACUGCCACAUGGCGCCGCUGCAGCAGCAGCAGGCCCAGCAGCAGCAGCAACAGAUCCAGCAGCAGACGCAGCAACAAGUGCAGCAGCAGCAGCAGCAAGUGAACCACCAGCCCGCCGCGUCGGCCGUGGGGGCGCUGGGCCCCUACAUCGCCGGCGGCCCCAAGGCGGCCCCGGGCGGCUCCCCGAAGGGCUCCGGCUCGGGCUCCGGGUCCGGCAGCCCCCCCGCGGGGGAGUCCGGCGAGGAGGCCUCACAGGCCGAGGGCGGCGAGUGGGCCGUGAUGCUGGACGGCGGGGACACGGCGCUGCGUCGCCGCCGACGCUGCCUGGUGCGCGCCAAGACGUGCACCGUGAGCUGCCUGCGCAACGCGCGGCGCUUCGUCAAGCGCCUCGUGGAGCACAAGUGGUUCCAGCAGGGCAUCCUGCUCGCCAUCCUUUUCAACACGCUCAGCAUGGGCAUCGAGUACCACGAGCAGCCCGAGUACAUGACCGUGGCCGUCGAGACGAGCAACAUCGUCUUCUCGGCCAUCUUCGCCGUGGAGAUGCUGCUCAAGGUGACGGCCGAGGGCCCGUUCGGCUACAUCAGCAACGGCUUCAACGUGUUCGACGGCGUCAUCGUUAUUCUAAGUGCGGUGGAGCUGUGCCAGCAGAGCCUGGACGGCUCGGAGCGCGGCGGCUCGUCGGGGCUGAGCGUGCUGCGCACGUUCCGCCUGCUCCGCAUCCUCAAGCUGGUGCGCUUCCUGCCCAACCUGCGCCGCCAGCUGUUCGUCAUGCUGCGCACCAUGGACAACGUCGCCAUCUUCUUCUCGCUGCUCAUUCUUUUUAUUUUUAUAUUUAGCAUCCUCGGGAUGUACCUGUUUGGCGGUAAGUUUUGCAUGCUUGCGGACGGUUCGCGGCGGUGCACGUGUGCCGAAAUCAUCGAGAGAGACCCCAAAUGCGUCUGCGAUCGCAAGCACUUUAAUAAUAUCCUCUGGGCCACGGUGACCGUCUUCCAGAUCCUGACGCAGGAGGACUGGAACGUGGUGCUGUUUAACGGCAUGGAGAAGACCAGCCACUGGGCGGCGUUGUACUUCGUCGCCCUCAUGACCUUCGGCAACUACGUGUUGUUCAACCUGCUGGUGGCCAUCCUGGUCGAGGGCUUCUCGUCAGAGCGCAACGAGCGGCGCGAGCGCGAGCAGCGCGAGAUGGCCAAGCACGCGGCCAAGCACGCUGCCAAGCUUUCGGAGCUGUCGGAGCAGCUGGACGCCAUGGGCAACGGCACGGGGUCGUCGCGGUCCUGCUCGGGCUCGGACACCAGCAGCUGCCUGCACGAGGGCCUGCCGCGCCACGCGCAGGGCGACUCGCUGCGCGACCGGUGGCGCAGCGCCGAGGAGCUGCGGCGCAAGGCGCGGGACAACGGGCACCGCGACAAGGAGAACUGGCAGCGACUGCAGACCGGCUCCGACCCCAAGUGCAACAUCCAGAAAGAGAGCAAGAUGCUGUUCGGCCGGGACGCACCCGUCAUCACGCACACUGCAGCCACGCCGCAGGACUCCCCCGGCGCCACGGACAGCGGCCGCCACGCGCUGCCCACCAUCACGCUGCUGGCCGGCUCCACGCUGUCCAUCGACUCCAUCGACCGCUCGGUGUCCUCGCAGACUAGCAUGUCGCUGCUCAAGCCGCCCGACAACAAGUUCAACGUGCACAGCCACAGCCAGUGGACGCCGCCGACGCCCGCGGCCCCCAGCCCCUGCGACGAGCUGAGCGCCAACGCGCACCUCCACACGCAGGCCGUGAACCAGCUGCUGCUGGCCGAGGGCUACGACUCGCACGGCGACCUCAUGCUCGACCCGCUGGCCCCGCUCAGCACGCGCUCCCUCUCGCUGGGCUCCUCCAUCCUGCAGCAGCAGCUCAAGGAGCUGCAGCACAUGCAGGCGCAGGCCAUGGAGCUGAGCGAGGAGGCCGAGGACGCCGUGGCGGCCACCCCGCCGCCGCCCAUCCUGCCGCCGAAGCUCCUCUACAUCAUCGAGCCCCCGGAGUUCUUGAGGCACCGCGAGGAGUACUCCCUCUGGAUCUUCCCGCCGAACAACAGGGUUCGACUGUGGUGCCAGGAGCUGGUGCAGAAGAGCUGGUUCGACAACCUGGUGCUGUUCUUCAUCGGCCUCAACUGCAUCACGCUCGCCAUGGAGCGGCCCAACAUCCCGCCCGACUCCAAGGAGCGCAUGUUCCUGGCCACGGCCAACUACAUCUUCACGGCCGUGUUCGCCGUCGAGAUGAUGGUGAAGGUGAUCGACAGCUCGAUGCUGUACGGCCGCGAGGCGUACUUCACGUCGGGCUGGAACAUCAUGGACGGCGCGCUCGUCAUCAUCUCCAUCGUGGACCUGCUCAUGUCGCUCAUCUCGUCCAGCAGCCCGCGCAUCUUCGGCAUCCUGCGCGUGUUCCGGCUUCUGCGGUCGCUGCGCCCGCUGCGCGUCAUCAACCGCGCGCCCGGCCUCAAGCUGGUGGUGCAGACGCUGCUGUCCUCGCUGCGGCCCAUCGGCAACAUCGUGCUCAUCUGCUGCACCUUCUUCAUCAUCUUCGGCAUCCUGGGCGUGCAGCUGUUCAAGGGCGCCUUCUACUACUGCGACGGCACCAACAUCAAGAACGUGCGCAACCGCACCGAGUGCGAGGCUCGCGGCAACAAGUGGACCAACCGCAAGUACAACUUCGACGACCUGCCCAAGGCCCUCAUGUCGCUGUUCGUGCUGUCGUCGCGCGACGGCUGGGUCAACAUCAUGUACACCGGGCUGGACGCGGUGGGCGUGGACCAGCAGCCCAUCGAGAACUACAACGAGUGGCGGCUGCUCUACUUCAUCUCCUUCAUCCUGCUCGUGGGUUUCUUCGUGCUCAACAUGUUCGUCGGCGUGGUCGUCGAGAACUUCCACCGGUGCCGCGAGGAGCAGGAGAAGGAGGAGCGCGUGCGGCGCCUCGCCAAGCGCGCCAAGCAGAUGGAGAAGAAGCGGCGGAGAAUGCACGAGCCGCCCUACUACAGCGGCUACGGCAAGGGCCGCAUGCUGGUGCACAACGUGGUCACGUCCAAGUACUUCGACCUGGCCAUCGCCGCCGUCAUCGGCCUCAACGUCGUCACCAUGGCCCUGGAGUUCUACAUGAUGCCCAAGCCCCUGUCCUACGCGCUCAAGAUCUUCAACUACUUCUUCACCGCCGUGUUCAUCCUGGAGCUGACCAUGAAGCUGGUGGCGCUGGGGCUGCGGAUCUACCUCAAGGACAAGUGGAACCAGCUGGACGUGGGCAUUGUCAUCCUGUCGGUCAUCGGCAUCGUGCUGGAGGAGCUGGAGUCCAAGAUCAUCCCCAUCAACCCCACCAUCAUCCGGGUCAUGCGGGUGCUCCGGAUCGCGCGCGUGCUGAAGCUCCUGAAGAUGGCCAAGGGCAUCCGCGCGCUGCUGGACACCGUGAUGCAGGCCCUGCCGCAGGUCGGCAACCUGGGCCUGCUCUUCUUCCUGCUCUUCUUCAUAUUCGCCGCGCUGGGCGUCGAGCUGUUCGGCCGCCUGGAGUGCAGCGAUGAGUUCCCCUGCCAGGGCCUGGGCGAGCACGCGCACUUCGCCAACUUCGGCAUGGCCUUCCUGACGCUGUUCCGCGUCGCGACGGGCGACAACUGGAACGGCAUCAUGAAGGACACGCUUCGCGACGACACGUGCGACAGCCACGUGGACUGCGUGCGCAACUGCUGCGCGUCCCCCAUCAUCGCCCCCAUCUUCUUCGUCAUCUUCGUGCUCAUGGCGCAGUUCGUGCUGGUCAACGUGGUGGUGGCCGUGCUCAUGAAGCACCUCGAGGAGUCCCACAAGCAGAUGGAGGACGAGAUGGACAUGGAGGUGGAGCUGGAGCGAGAGCUGGAGCGCGAGCUGGCCGCGGAGCAGGAGGAGCUCCUGGAGGAGGUGCAGGAGCGCAUGCUGCAGGCCGCCGCCGCCGCGCAGGCGCAGGGCCACCGUCCGCUGGCGAAGGUGUACUCCCUACCCGCCAACUUCACCUUCACGUCGAUCUCCGUCAACGAGAAAGAACCCUCCACGCCGCCCGCCAACGCGCCCACCUCGAUGUUCGGCAAGUGGCGCCGGCCGUCCAUGGCGGGCAGGAAGGCCUCCGUCAAAGGCAAGGGCCCGGACCAGGGCCCCAGCAAGCGGCGGCAGACCGUGCACGCUCACGCGCCCCGCGGGGCGGUGUCUUCAAUUCAUAAAGUCAACUCAGUGUCAACUCAAUCAAAAUGCUCCUGCUUUGCUAUUCAUUCCAACAGCGUUUUGUGGUAUAUGUCUAAGGACCAAGUAUUUCCAUCGCCUUCAAUUGAGAGGCACUGUCUUAAAAAUAAUUGUUUGGUAGACACUCAUAUUACUUCUGUAAAAGCAGGUUUUGAUGAACCAUGUGAACUAAAGCUGGUCACAGAGAACAUGGACAAAUGCCUUACAAGCCUAUUCGCACCCUUCAGGCACUGGUUAGCAGUGUUUCUGCAAAACUCUAGCCCGAAUUAA